AGCCGCAGGUCCCCGAGUGGUGUAUUCUAAGGAUUGUGGAAGAACUUUAUGAAAGGAGUUUGCAUCUAUUAGAUGGCCAGCGAAUGCUGUUGGAGCUACUGUUUCGUGAACUUGUUGCUGUUGAUGUAUUCGAUAAUUCAGAUGCCGAUGAUCAAUUGGAUGACAAAGAUCUAUUUCUAGUUAAAGCCCACUAUAUCAAAGGUCAAAGACCCGGCUCGCUCAUGUGCAUGUGCAUAAAGUACCAGUAGAAUGUGUCGGUUUUAGGGAUGAGGCUAUUACAGGGGUGCAGAUUUGGCGCUAUGACACCAAUCAAGGCGCCAUGCAGUUCUUCAGGCCGUCGAGGGGAAACGAAACGUCAGCUACCGAAAGACAACAGACAGUUCUAUACAUAAUCGAACACAUCAAACUACAU